UUUAGUUUUGCUAAUAAAAAUCAUUUAUAAUUAGCAGCAAACACCUUGUAUUAACUGAUAAUAACAUGGACAGCGCUAUUGCGCACGAUUUGCAAGCUGGCAAGGAGCGCACUAGCGAUGUGGCUGCCAGCGCGGUCACGUUCGAGCAACUGAAUUUGGACAAUCAUUUUGUGCGGGGACUGCACGCUCAUAAAUUUGUGACACCAACCAAAAUUCAAGCCGCCGCUAUACCAAUGGCAAUUGCUGGCAUGGAUUUAAUGGUGCAGUCCAAGAGCGGCACAGGCAAAACAUUGAUAUACGUGCUUGCUGCAUUGAAUAGAAUGAAAUUUACAAAAGAUGUAAAAACUUUGAUUAUUGUGCCAACACGCGAGUUAGCUAUACAGGUGGAGGACACUGCCAAUGGCAUAUUCAGUUUCAGUGGCCACAAAAUAUGUACUGUCAGUUUCAUUGGUGGCACGGAUGUGAAGAAGGAUCGCCAACGCUUGAGAGCAGGCAGAAUUGUUGUGGGCACACCAGGUCGCCUGUUGCACCUUAUAUUAAACAAAGUGCUCAACCCUUUGCAUAUUAACUUGCUUGUGCUGGACGAAGCAGAUCAGCUCUUUGGUGCUGAAUCUCUAUACAAAGAUGUGCAGGCAUUGAUAAAGCAAUUGCCAGCCGAACGCCAGAUAAUUGCCUGCAGUGCAACCUAUCCAGAUGGACUGGAUGAGCGUCUCGCCAAGCUAAUGCGCCGGCCGGUGCUGGUAUCCAACAGCGAGCGCGCCACUGUAUUGCUUGGCAUACGCCAAUUUGUAUGUGAACUGCCGGAGCAGCUGAACAGCAUGCAGGAGAUGUUGGCCAAGCUAUUGGCGGUGCAUAAAAUCAUUUCGCAGCUGCCCUAUGAGCAGGCCAUACUCUUUGCCAGUUCCCAAAGUCGUGCAGACUCUUUUUGCAGCUAUUUGCAACGAGACGGCGUAGACUGUCAUCUGAUGUCCGGUGCGAUGAAGCAAAGCGAACGGCUGGAAACAUUUCAGGCUUAUCGCAAUUUCAAGUCACGCACUAUGGUGGCCACAGAUUUGAUGGCGCGUGGUGUCGACUCUGCACAUGCCAAUUUGAUUAUUAAUUUGGAUCCACCCAAAGAUCAUGUUACAUAUUUGCAUCGCAUUGGUCGCGCCGGUCGCUUUGGCUCCCAGGGUAUUGCCAUUACUUUUAUAACUUCAGCGGAACAGGGCUCGCAAUUCAAGCGCAUACUCGAUAAAGCGGGCACGGGCAUGUCUGUGCUGCAGUUUCCUGCAGAGAAACGGGAAGGAUUCGAUUUUUGGAGGUUUGACGCAUACGAUUUUGCCUAUUAUCAUAAAGUGGAGGGUUGUGAGCAAGAGGAAGCCGCGCUGAAACGCAUACGACAACGCUGGAAGUCUGAUUCGGACACUGAGAUGGCAAAAACAGCUGCAGCUGACAACAAAACAGUAAAUCAGGCUCAUGACGCAACAGUUGCCAAAGAGAUUGUGACUGAGACAGCGGCUACAAGUGCUGAAUGUUACAAAUUGACACAAUCAACUGAUAUUAAGUGCUUAGAGAACAAAGAAAAUCUUAACGACAAACAAUGUGAGCCCAUUAAAACUCAAAUUCACAAGGCUGCGCUUACAGAGCACAAUAUACAGGACAUGCAGCGCUUGAAGCACAUUGAAAAGUCACCCGAAUCGCACAUAGAAAUCGUAGAGCUAACGCCUUCGCUUGAUUUGCCAGCAGCAGCACCAAACUCUAUAAAUACCAAAACCUAUUGCCUGGCUGAGCCGACAGAGCACAGCACGACCACAUUGCAGCCUUUGGCCAUAUCAAACACAGUGGAUGAUGCCAGCAGCAUUGUAUCGGACAGCAUGGAUAAUGAGUAUGAAAGCGAUGCCAGCUAUGCUAGCUACUAUACCCAAAGCGAUGCGCGUCGGGUGCUGGGACGUGCAUUGGUGCAACAAAAGCUGCAGAAGCGCAAUCAGCAGCAGCUUGCUAAGCGUCGCGUGCUCAUCUUUAACUGGCGGCGUACACAUGCGCUAAGCAGCAAACGCGCUGCUUUAAAGCUGGAUUAUGAUAGUGAAGAGCAGACGCUGGAGCAGCCAGCUAACCAGGCUUGGAUAGACGAAAAGGACAAGCCAGCGCCGCUGCUUAAGGCAAAAACGCACAAAAUUCAUGUGGACAACAAAUCAUAUGACAUGCAUAUCUAUCCCUUGCCUAUAUCUCAACAACUGCAGCACAUGCGUCUGCUGGAAAAGUUUGACAACUUUCCCAAAGUACAACAACAGCUCAAAGCCUACAUUACCAAACUCAAUUUGAACAAUUUGCAAGCGCAGAAAUGCUUGCAGCAGCUGUACGAAGCCAUGCAGCAUUUGUAUUAUGUGGAUCAUAGCAAGUGCAAGUCCAAAAAGAAGCAACGACUACCCUUGCCAGAGGUGCCCAAUUUGAACACCUAUCACAAAUUUAUGGAGUUCCUAAAACAGCAACAAUGUGAUGAUGAAAUUGCCGUGCAGCAGCAGCAGCAGCAGCAGCAGCAGCAGCAGCAGCCAGUUAGACAGUCGCUAAGCAAGCUAAGCGUGCAUGUGAAUGAGCAGCUAAACAUAUCGCCUUAUAUUGCUGUUGCCGCCGCUAAUCAUAUGGAGGAGGCUGCUUCGGUUAGCUCGCGCUCUGCCGCUGGCUCACCGGCAUUGUAUGAGCAUGAGCAUGCGGACAGUGAUAGCUUGGAGCCAAACUCCAGCAGCGGCUUUGCCGAGUCCACUGAAAGCGGCUCCUCAGGCAUUGAUACCUCGCAGUAUGAUAGCAAUAGCAAUACGUCCACUGCGCUCGAUUCGGAUGACUACGAGGAGGGCGAAGAAGAGGCAUUUUCAGCUAGCAUUGCAGGCACUGUAAGCGAUGAGGACAGCCUGUCGCAGAGUACGCUCACCGCUGCAACCGAUGAUGAUACUGAAGAUCAGGCAGACAGUGAAGAGACAGCUGACGAUGCUGAAGAUGCAGCUGCUGCGCAGCUUGCCUUGGCUCAAGCCCGCUGGCAGCAAAUGUUUCGCAUGCAGUAUCAGUUUAUAGCCAACUAUGUGGAUAAUUUUAUGGCCAACAGUCGACGUGACGACGAUGCAUAAACAUGAAAAAACUCAAUAUUAGUUUAUUCCAGCGCUAUGGAAGCGCCAACAACUAGUCUUAAAAGUCUGACAGGCAGUUCAAUACUUUUUAUUUUUUUCUGUUGAAAACAACUAACUAACUAAAUGUUAACUAAUAGCUGCAUCAGCUACAAUUUAUUAAACUAAAACGUACAUUAAGAGUCUGUGGUACAAGCAUAUGCCCAAGAGUUAUAUGAGCAGAAGAAUCAUCAGUUUAUAAAACAAUAUUAUGAAUGUUAUAAAUAGCAAAUGAA